ACGUAUAAUUUUCCCCCGUCCAUUUAUCUAAAGAAUAUAUUAUGCACUUUCCAAUUUAAAGCUUCACCAUUUUGAAUUUAUCCAUCGCUGGUGCUCCCACGUCAGCACCAAUUAAACCAAUCAGAAUCCAUUUCCAUUAAAAAAAUUCCUACAAAACUACAUCAUUAUUUUUCCAUCCCGCAAUUUUCUCUCCCACCAUAGUCGUAAACGGUGACUGCCUCUAUAUAUGUUGUCAUAGCCGGUAACUGCCGAAUAACUGCAUUUGCUUUAUAUUUUUUAUUCUUUUCCCCCACUUUGGACGGCAACUCAAAAUCAAUCAAAUUCCACAAUUGAAAGAAGUUAUUUGCAAAGACAUGGUGCACUGUUCGCCUAGACACGAUUUUCCUGUUCAUUUAGACUCAAAAUUAUUGUUCACCCUGUUCUGAUUGGUCCAUGGUCUGCAACUAGCCUCGCCUGCCUUUUUUUAUUGGCUGCGCGCUUCUCUCUGGCCCUUGCGGUUUUGUCCCCCGUUGUUUCUGUGAGUGUUGCGUUGCCCUCAACUGAGCCCUAAUUCUCUCUUCGCUAUUUUUUUUUUUUUAUUUCCUUUCUCUGCUUCUCUCAACUAUUACCCGUGAGUCUUUCUCAUAAUUAUUAUACCUGUCGUUUUCCCUCUCUUGCCUUGUGUAUUGGUGUUCGACCUUCGGAAUUGCGGGUAAUGAUGGGCGCGCCUUUCCUCACACGGCCCCUUCCGUUUGAGUCUUGGGGAGAGCAAUCCUCUUUGCUUUUGCCUUGGUAUCUGAAACCCGCCACUCUUGCGUCUAGAAUUUUUUGGCCACUUUUUGUGCUCUUUCUUUCAAAAGGUUCGCCUAUUUCACGUUGUCCUUAUCUCUUUGCAGAAACACUGUUUCAGUUUCCUUACGUAUCUGUUCGCUAUUGGGCCGGUAACUGACACGAGCCGCACUUGCGCCUGCUAAUUCUUUCUCUUAUUUUUAUACGCUUUUUUUUACGCCAGCAGUUCAUCAUUAUCUUUCUGUUCUCUUUCUAUCAUUCUGUUAUCUUUCUGGCCAUUGUUUUCUCUCUCUUUAGUGAUCUUCACCUCGGAGAACAUGGAAUUCACGUUGCUUUGCAACCUCGGCGGCCCGCGCAAUGCGGUCGUUUCUUUGCGGCUGCGGCUGCUGCAUGUGUGGCCGGCGAAGUCUCCGGGGGAUAUCAGGAUCUACAAUUACUGUACUCUUUGGACCGACGAAACGGCUGACUCGAUUGAAGCUGUGAUUCUUGCAUUUGGCUGCUUGCUGGUUAAUAAGUUGGGAGAUGAUUAUAUUCUUUUGAGUUCAGCCGGUACACGCAUAGCGGUCAAUCCUCCCGUACCGAAGGCCUAUUUUCUUGCAUCUAGGUUUGCCGAAAAACAUGAAGUUGUUGAGUCCUUGCCAGUGGAGUUUGCUACAGCUGCUGAUGCUGAUCGACAAACCAAGACUUUGGAUCAGUUUUUGAGCUUGUCUCGAAUGAAUUCCUCACUGGAAGAGAGGUACCGUUGUGGUGGAGUGAUUGUUGAUGUUGAGUCAAGUACACCUUGGUAUUACAUUUCGUGCAAGUUAUGUUUGAGAGCUGUUUCGAAGCGUCGAGACAAUACGUUUUGGUGCCCAAAAGAUUGGCAGCUGGACGAGGAGCAAACUCGAGUCAAUUAUAAGCUUCAGCAUACACUGAGGGACGACUCUUGCGAGGCUCGGUUUAUACUGAUGGGGGUUGUGCCCUUGCGUUGGUUAAUGUUUCUGUUGCACAUCUGGCCCAAAAGUUCCCUCAUCGUCCUGGUCAGCUGCCCCCGCAACUGCAUCAAUUGCGAGGGCAUCGUUCCGCUUGAUGACCCUACGGUGGUGGGCGAUUUGCUUGAGUAUUCCUUGCAACCUUCGUUGUCUGGUCCUGUUGUUGCUGUCCCGAGUUUGGCUAUGUGUGCAGCAGGUAACGCAGGCGUUUCUUCGAGUUCAUUGAGGGCUACGAAGGGAAAGGAAAAGGUUUCAGGUCCUCUACUCAUUGAGGCUUCAGUAGUUCCGUUCAGUAUCACUGGGGAGCCAGACCAGACUGUUAGCUCAAUAGCUGAGGAUUUGCAGAUCCCUAUUCCUGCAAAUAUCGAAAGGGAGGAUGUUGUUGCUGGCUCUCAGAUUCUUGGGGGUUCACAUUUUCCGAGGGUUGGUGUAAAAGCUGGCUCUAGCCCAGCUGCUCCAGCUGUGCCCGUUCCUUCUUCAGUCCAAUCCUGUGCUCCAUUUGCCAGAUCUACUCCUCCGAUGAUUUCCAAGCGAACAUCCAGAAUUGAUGAGUCUAUGAGCUCCGAGGAUGUUAGUCAUGGUUCGUUUACAUCUGCUGUGAAAAUUCUGAAGCCAUCUCCUGAGUCAUCUCCUGGAAAGACCUCUGGUUUAGCCGCUGGCUCCCCGUCUGCAUCAUUAUUGGUUUCGCCACUCGCCAAGAUCAAGGUGGAGAAGUUAGAUGCUGUCGAGAUUACUCCUUUGCCACAUGGUGGUUCCUCUCAGGCAGGUGCUGAUACAGAAAGGGAUUCUCCAGUGGACAGUCAAAAGAACCCAACAGUGAAACGUACUUUGUUCAAGAAGUGAUGACAGCGUCAAGGUCAUUCCUCAUUUUCUUAUUUUGUUUCAUUUUUCUGUCAUAUUUCAUUUGCAAAUCAGUUUUUGUGGCAACUAUGUAUCUUAUUUCUUUCACGGUUGAUUUUAUUGCAUGAAGUAGAUAUGUUUUGGGUUCAAGUUUUUGUGCAUGGAUCUUGUGCUUCUCUGCGUAGCUGCUGAUGUCUCCAGAAUUGCAGCUGCCUAACAUUCAAGGAGAUGCCAUAUUUUGUUUUGCUUAUGAAAGUUAUUCUCCUCCUCUAGACAAUCAUAUUUUGGAUUUCUGAGUUUCAGAAAUGUAGUGUUUGCAGCUGUGUGGAUAUUGUCGUUUUGGAUUUCUGGGUUUCAGGAAUGUAGCGCUUGCAGCUGUGUGGAUAUUAUCAGAAGAUACAAUACUUCUGUGCUUUUGGUUUACAUAGCUUUUCACCUUUUGUUGGAUAAUUAGUAGCUGAUUAGUUGAUAUUAGAUCCUCUGCUGAUGUUUUAGUGGUGUUGUUUGCUAUACGUGACAUCUUUGUUUAGUAGCUCUUUCUAAGACUACUGCCAGCCUGUUUUGCCCUCAUCAUAUGUUAUUUGAUGUCGAUUGAGCAAGUUCGUGUUUCUGUUUCCCUCACUAUUUGUUCAUUCUUCGCUUAGAACACGUCCAGUUUUGAGGGGGGGGGGGGGGCUUAUCUCAAUUUCUCUCGGGCAGUUUGAAUAGGGACAUUGUGGCUUUUGGGGAGCCUGCAGACUGUUUCCAGAACUACGAAAUUGUCAGCUGUUAACACAUUUCAUCUGUUCGAACUGACUACACAUGUUUCAAAAGAAAAGGACGUUUGGACUGAUUUAUGAUACAUGAACAUUUUCUUAAUCUUUCUUAGUCCUCUUGAUAUUUCUUAGUGUGGUGCCGCCUCUUUUUGCCCAAAAGAUUAAACUAAUAUGAUUGCUUUUCAUCAUUUUAUUAAUCCAAUAAAAUGUUAGAUAUUUU